AUGGGCAUCGUGGAGCCGGGCUGCGGAGACAUGCUGACCGGCACCGAGCCGAUGCCGAGUGACGAGGGCCGGGGGCCCGGAGCGGACCAGCAGCAUCGCUUCUUCUAUCCGGAGCCGGGCGCACAGGACCCGACCGAUCGCCGUGCAGGUGGCAGCCUGGGGACGCCCUAUUCUGGGGGCGCCCUGGUGCCUGCCGCCCCGGGCCGCUUCCUCGGCGCCUACGCCUACCCGCCCCGGGCCCAGGCGGCCGGCUUCCCUGGACCGGGCGAACCCUUCCCGCCGCCCGCGGGUGCCGAGGGCUACCCACCCGGGGAUGGCUACGCGGCCCCGGACCCGCGUGCCGGGCUCUACCCAGGGCCGCGAGAGGACUACGCACUGCCCGCGGGGCUGGAGGUGUCGGGGAAGCUGAGAGUCGCGCUCAGCAACCACCUGUUGUGGUCCAAGUUCAACCAGCACCAGACAGAGAUGAUCAUCACUAAGCAAGGACGGCGCAUGUUCCCAUUCCUCUCUUUUACUGUGGCUGGACUGGAGCCCACAAGCCAUUACAGGAUGUUUGUGGAUGUGGUCUUGGUGGACCAGCACCACUGGCGGUACCAGAGUGGCAAGUGGGUGCAAUGUGGCAAGGCGGAAGGUAGCAUGCCAGGAAACCGUUUAUACGUCCACCCAGACUCCCCCAACACCGGAGCCCACUGGAUGCGCCAGGAAGUUUCGUUUGGAAAACUAAAGCUCACCAACAACAAGGGGGCUUCCAACAACGUGACCCAGAUGAUUGUCCUGCAGUCCCUCCAUAAGUACCAGCCCCGGCUGCACAUCGUGGAGGUCAAUGAGGGAGAGCCAGAGGCUGUCUGCAAUGCUUCUAAUACACACAUCUUUACUUUCCAAGAGACCCAGUUCAUUGCAGUGACUGCUUACCAGAAUGCCGAGAUCACUCAGCUGAAAAUCGACAACAACCCCUUUGCCAAAGGAUUCCGGGAGAACUUUGAGUCCAUGUACACAUCUGUUGACACCAGUGUCCCCUCUCCGCCUGGACCCAACUGUCAACUGCUUGGGGGAGACCCCUACUCACCUCUUCUAUCCAACCAGUAUCCGGUUCCCAGCCGUUUCUACCCCGACCUUCCCGGCCAGCCCAAGGAUAUGGUCUCACAGCCUUACUGGCUGGGGACACCUCGGGAACACAGUUAUGAAGCCGAGUUCCGAGCAGUGAGCAUGAAGCCCACAUUCCUGCCCUCUGCCCCUGGACCCACCAUGCCCUACUACCGCGGCCAAGAAGUCCUGGCACACGGAGCUGGCUGGCCUGUGGCCCCUCAGUACCCUCCCAAGAUGAGCCCAGCGGGCUGGUUCCGCCCCAUGCGAACUCUGCCCAUGGACCCUGGCCUGGGCUCCUCAGACGGCCGGGGGCCAGAGGAACAGGGCUCCCCCUCGCUGUGGACUGAGGUCACCCCUCUCCGGCAGGAGCCCAGCGACUCAGGACUAGGCGAAGGAGAGUCUAAGAGGAGACGGAUAUCCCCCUAUCCUUCCAGUGGUGACAGCCCUUCCCCUGCUGGGGCCCCUUCUCCUUUUGAUAAGGAAACCGAUGGCCACUUUUAUAACUAUUUUCCCAACUGAGAAGAUACCACUGGGUUGGAGGGCGCCAACUAACUUAGAAAACAGACACGGGGCCCAGAAGCCCCGGGCCAUCCCUUCCCCAUGUAGUGAUUGGUUGGGGAAGGACAGGUGCAAGAAGGAUUCUGGGCUUCAUGUGUUCCUUCCUGGCCCACAAGGAAAUGUGACAGGAAUGUCCCCUGCCCUUUCCUCUGCCCGAACUACAGUCACGUACCUGGUGCUGCUUCUGACCGAUGGUUCCAUGGAGAAUGGAAAAUGGACUCCAGAAAGUUUGGGCCCCAGAGGGACUUCAUGGCUUCUGGUGGGAGGGUCGGGGAGAGGCCGGGACUGGAGACAUUACCCCGUCCCCUGCAGAGCAACUUCGAACUGUUAGUUUCUCUCCUGUGUUCCGUGGAUUUUUAUAACAGCCAGCCAGCCAGGAACCGAGAGAGGACUCAGGUGACUUUGGGUGGACUGGGUCCACCUGCGAGGAGACAAGAGAUUGGGUGCAGAGGAAGGGGUUGGAGGGGUGCACAUUUCACCGAGAGAGGUCACUUUGAACUGGUGUGUACACACGCUUUUUCCUUUUUUAU